AUGAGAAUUGUAUUAUUUGGAGCGCCUGGUGUGGGUAAAGGGACAUUUGCCGAAAUACUGUCAAAGAAAGAAAAUUUAAAACACAUAAAUGUUGGAAACAUUUUAAGAAAUGAGAUAAAAAAAGAAUCUAAUAUAGGUAAAGAGAUUCAGAAUGUAGUAAGGAGUGGAAAUUUAGUAUCAGAUUCUUUGAUAAUAAAUAUAGUACAUGAUGAAAUGAAAAAUAUUUUGAAUAAAAAAUAUAAAGGAUUCAUUUUAGAUGGUUUUCCUAGAAAUAUGUAUCAAAGUAAAGAACUAAUAAAGAUGACUAAUAUAGAUUUAUUUGUAAAUAUAUAUUUACCAAGAAAUAUAUUAAUAAAGAAAUUGUUAGGUAGAAGAAUAUGUAAUAUAUGUGAUAAAAAUUUUAAUGUUUCAAAUAUACAACAAGAUUCUUUUGAUAUGCCUCCAAUAUUACCAUCUAAAGAUUGUAUUCAGUGUAAUGGACAUACAAAUCUAAUUAAAAGAAAAGAUGAUAAUGAAGAUAUAAUUAAUCAUAGAUUAAAUUCUUAUGAAUCGGACUAUAUACCCAUUAUACAAUUUUUUAAAAAUGAAAAAUAUAACUUAAUCGAUUUCCCUCUUAGAAGGGGAAUAAGAGAUUUUGAUGACUUUUACAGUAUUCUAGUAAAUUACAUAAAAAAUGAAAAAUUAAAAUGA